UGUUAGCGGCACUCGCUUCGGUGCCCAUCCUAGAUGAGAUGGUGGUGGUGUGUCUGGUAUAAUGAGCUCAUCGCCGCUCAUCCCUCUCUCCACGAAGACUCCACGUCUCUUCAGGGGCGACUCCUCGGGGUCGGAUGCGACAGCAGCAGGGGGAGCAGCGGUGGUAGAAGGAAUCUUCUUCUUCCGCGCAGCUUGCACUGCCCAGUAAGAUGGGAAUGAUGGUUCUUGUUGAGGAGGUGUAUCCGGAAGGAUGUACUGCUCACGUGUGGACUCCAUGAUGAUAGCUAGGAUAUGUGUGAAACGUGACUAGUGGUCGAGUGAAGCUGGCAAAUCCAUUGACCGCCGCUUAUAUACUCAUUCGUUCCUCUCUCUCUGUUUUAGGGUGAGUGAGAGAUAGUGCAUUUUCCCGCUUGUCACAUCCUUGACAUACAAAUGCAUUCUUACACGUACAGCAAGUUGCAUUCAGAGAAAAAAUAUCAAAUUCUCACAAUGCACUCGAAUUCUCACUUCCACAUAUCUCGAAUAACAAUAUUUCGAAUGUAAUCUCCUCAUUAAUUUUCAUAAUUAACAUCACAUGUUGACUUGCUAAAUUUCUUCUCAAUAUUAUUAUUGUGAUUUUCAUUAUGUUCGUUGAUUUCACAGAGUUCGAGACUGCAUAAUCACUCCAGUCUUCGAGGAGGAAAGACGUGUGAAGAACUAGUGUAAGCAGAGAGAGAGAGAGAGAGAGACAGUACAGCACAUCAUUCAUUGCAUUAACCCGCUAGUAGCAGAGAUGGAGCAUAGCAGAGAACACAGAGUUGGAGGGGUGAGUUCGCGAGCAAUUCGCCAUCGCAUUUCCUUCGAAAACGUAGCACCUGACAUUGAAAAUGUGCUUCAAAACUCGAAAACUCGUGUUUUCGAGAUAAUAAGAGAACACGCUGCACGUUUCGAAGGAAAUGUCAAAUGGUUUUUAGUAUUAAAUGUAUUAUUGUAUAAGAUGGUAGUUUUAGAAUCAGAGGAAUCCGAAGCUGUUUCAUCCAUUGUGAAUCUUCAUAGCUACUCGGCCAUAGGCAUGAAUGUCUUGGAGAGUUAUGACGAAUUGAAUGAACAAUUUAUGUUAGCAGUUAGGAAAAUUUUAAGUUCAUUCGAUAACUUUGUUCGAUUUGGGAGUGGGUGGGUGUUGAAGAAGAUUGACUCGCUUGAUGUAAAUGUGAUUAGAUAUAAUCCAAUGUACACAAGCAGUUAUAUUCAAACACCCCAGUUCAUCAACAAUAAGAAAUGUGUUAUCAAUAUCAAAAAUCUUUCUGAUAAAAAGUGUUUUCUGUGGAGUGUUCUAGCCUAUUUUCACCAGAAACCGAAUAACAGUCGCUUAACGGUGAAAUAUUUGAGCAAAUUUGCUCACAGGCUGAACACUCGCGGAGUUAAUUUCCCAACCACCGAUCGCGACAUAAAGAAAUUUGAAAUUCUCAAUACAGACAUCGCAAUUCAUGUUAUCGCGUAUGAUAACAAAAAGUUUUUCCCCUAUCGAACAAGCAUAUUCCGUACGCGUAAAUACCAAAUUAAUCUUUUAAUGUUGAAAGGCGAUGCAGGAAAAACUCAUUUUUGUUUAAUUAACACCGCGAACGGGAAAAACGGAUUGUCGCGUCUUCUUUCUCACCUUUCGAAAGCUAAAGAACAAGUAGCUGUUUGUAAUUUCUGUUUUCACAGAUUUACAUCAGACAAAAGAGUAAACCGGGAUGGGAAAGCAAAUUUGAUGAGACAUCUAGAGCUUUGUUCAAAGUUCCAGUCUCAGAGAACUUCAUACCCAAAACGUGGUGAGACAAUCAAAUUUAGAAAACUCGGUUCGACUUUGAAGAAAAAGUAUACAAUCUACGCGGAUUUGGAAACAUUUGUUGUGAAUAUGGAUGAUAAUGAAUCUGAGGAUGUACCUAUUACCAGAAGUUACACCAAGAAAACGGCGCGUCAUAUUCCAUGCGGGUAUUGUUUCGUUGUAAUUGAUGUGAAUGGGGAUAUCGCGUACGGGCCAGUACUCUAUAGAUCGAGUAAUAUCAAUGAAAAGAUCAUGGAGAAAUUUCUCAAGGAAAUAAUCGAAGUGGGCGAUUUAUUGAGUGCAGAUAUAAAAUGUGAAAUUCCGAUGGAGCAUUUAAGUGAACGUCAGCAACGCGAAUUUCAAAACGCUGAUAAGUGCGGCCUUUGCGAUGAAGUUUUUACCGAAACAGACACAAAGGUACGCCAUCAUGCACAUGAAAAUGGAAAGUUUUUGUGUGCUGCUCAUGUGUCGUGUAAUUUAAAUACUCGAACUGACGAUACGAUUAGCUGUUACUUCCAUAAUUUUAGCGGAUUUGACAGUCAUUUUAUUCUAAAAGCUCUCGCAAAAUGUAAAAAAAAAUUUCCUGUAUCGCCAAUACAUCAGAAAGAUUUUUGACAUUGACAGUGGGAAAAAUCAAGUUUUUAGAUUCAUAUAAAUUUAUGAAUGAAUCUUUAGAAGUAUUAGUGCGCAACUUGGUAGAUAGUACAGAUAUGGAAUCGAAGUUCAAACGACUGUUUUCAGUAUUUAAUGACCCCGAUCUCGAACAAAGGCAACUAUUGUUGAAAAAAGGAGUAUAUCCCUAUUCGUACAUAUCUUGCCCUGAAAAAUUCGCUGAGACUUCUCUCCCUCCGAUAGAAUGUUUUUAUAAUGAUCUUAACGAUACACCCCUCUCCCCCAAAGAAUAUGAGCAUGCACAAAGAGUGUUCUCAACAUUCAAGUUGAAAUCUCUCGGCGAGUAUCAUGAUUUCUAUCUGUGCCUAGACGUCAUGCUAUUAGUUGAGGUUUUCGAAGAAAUGAGGUCAACGCUUUUUAGGUCAUAUGGCCUCGAUGUGACUCAUUUUCUUUCGCUUGCUCAUUACACUUGGAAUUGUAUGUUAAAGUUCACCCGGGUUGAACUCCAAUUGAUUAGCGAUCCUGAUAUACAUCUAUUGUUUGAAUCAGGAAUGCGCGGUGGUGUUUCGUUUAUUGGCAAGCGUUAUUGCGAAGCCAAUAACAAACACAUCCCUGACACAUACGAUCCCACAAAACCAAGUAACUAUUUGCUUUAUAUAGAUUGUAAUUCUUUGUAUGCGCACUCUAUGAAUCAAUUCUUACCUUAUGGAAAUUUCAAGUUCCUCUCAGAGGAAGAAAUCCAUGCUCUUGACUUUACAAAUUUGGAGAGUGAAUCAGAAACUGGUUAUGUAAUUGAAUGUGAUCUCAAGUACCCACAGGAGUUACAUGAUAUGCAUGCCAAUUUCCCUCUCGCUCCACUUCAUCAAAUUCCUCCUAGCGAAUUGUUCUCCGAGUACCAAACCAAUGAGAACGGUCAAACUCUGACUAAAAAACUCAUGAACACGCUUUUUGAUCGAGAGAGGUACAUUGUUCAUUACAUGAAUUUGAAACUGUACCUUCAACUCGGAUUGCAAUUAACAAAGGUACAUCGAGUCAUUAGCUUUUCCCAAUCGCCUUGGUUGAAGAACUACAUUGAGUUCAAUACCUGUAAUAGGCAAGCCGCGAAAAAUAAAUUUGAAGUGUCCUUCUUUAAACAGAUGAGUAACUUAUGCUAUGGAAAAUCGAUACAGGGAAAUCGGCAUCAAUGUAAUGUUCAAAUUAUCACAGACGCCAAGCGUCUAGAUAAGUACAUUUCAAAUCCCCUAUGUAAACGCUGGCAGAUAAUAAGCUCGGAUGUGAUUGCGGUUUUCUCGCGAAAGUUGGAACUAAAAAUGAAUAAGCCAAUCUAUUCAGGUUUCUGCAUUCUGGAUUUGAGUAAACUGCACAUGUAUGAUUUUUUCUAUUGUAAAUUGCAAAAAAUCAUACCAUGGCAACGCAUCCAGCUCUGUAUGACUGAUACAGAUAGCUUCCUCUUAUCAUUGGAGACACCCGACGUCUACCAACUGAUAAGAGAAAAUCUAGAAUUGUUUGACACUUCAAAUUACCCAGCUGAGCACGAAUGCUUCUCCAAUGAGAGGAAUAAAGUUGUAGGGAAAUUUAAGGAUGAGGCAGCUUCAUUUCCUUUAAAAUCUUUUCUGGGAUUACGGGCGAAAUUAUAUUCAUAUCUUGUAAAUAAUGAGAAGGAGGAAACUGUAAAUAAGUGUGUAGCAAAAGGUGUGAAGACACAUGUGAAAAAUAGAAAACUUAGUUUUGACUUGUAUAAAAAAUGUUUGAUUGAACGAUGCCAACAUAUAGAAAAAUGUAAUAUGUUGAGAUCCUUCAAUCAUAACAUGCAUCAAAUUGAAUGCGCAAAGGUUUGUUUAAGCCCGUUCGAUGACAAACGCUUUAUUGCAGAGAACGGAAUCGAUACAUUACCAUUCGGUCACUACAAAAUAGCAAACUGAUGGCACAGAUCAGUGUGUGUGUAACAAGCUAGUGACCAACACAUCGAAUUCUGUUUCAAGCGUGUCUUCACACAAAGAAGAAGAAUGAGUAAUAUUAGAGCAAAAUUAGCAGCAGAGCUUCACUCUGCUGCACGUGUAAAUUACCCCACACGCAGAUAUGAGUUGAAGAAUGAGAACGAUUUAUAUCAAUCAGAUCUGAUUGAGAUGGGUAGCUUAUCUAAAUUCAAUAAAGGAUAUCGUUAUAUUUUAGUUGUUAUUAAUUGUUUUACUAAGUACGCUUAUUGUAUACCUUUAAAGAAUAAGACUGCACAAAGUGUUUAUAAUGCACUCGAACCCAUUAUUUGUAAGAAUAGACAUAUGCGUUUUUUCCAGACAGAUGGAGGGAAGGAGUAUUUUAAUAAGCAUGUGAAAGAUUUGUUAGAUAAGUAUAAUAUCAAGCAUUAUUCUGUUUUUACUGAUAAGAAAGCUAGUAUCGCUGAGAGAUUUAAUCGUACAAUAAAAUCAAAAAUAUAUCGAUCUUUAACUGAACGUGGGAGUAAAAACUGGGUUAAUAACUUACAAAAUAUUGUAGAUGAUUAUAACAAUACAGUACACAGUAGCAUUGGAAUGCGACCUAAAGAUGUAACUAAAAAACAUCGUAAACGUGUUUUAGAAUCACUAAACUCUGCAUUUAAUAGACGAUUCAAAUUAAAAGUGUUGAAACCAAAAUAUAAG